UCCCUCCCGGGGCCGGGCGGCCGCGCAGGGCUGCGGGAGCGGCGGGGCGUGAGGCGGAGCGGGGCCGGGCUGGGGCUGGGGGAAGGCGGCUCCGCACACGCAAGAUGGCGGCGGUGGAGCUGGAGUGGGUGCCCGAGACGCUGUACAACACGGCCAUCUCGGCCGUGGUGGACAGCUACGGGCGGGCCCGGCGCCGGGACAUCCGCUCGCUGCCCGAGAACAUCCAGUUCGACGUGUACUACAAGCUUUAUCAACAGGGCCGAUUAUGCCAGCUGGGUAGUGAAUUUUGUGAACUAGAAGUUUUUGCGAAGGUGCUACGAGCUUUAGAUAAAAGACAUCUGCUUCAUCACUGUUUUCAGGCUUUGAUGGACCAUGGAGUAAAAGUUGCUUCUGUACUGGCCUAUUCUUUCAGUAGACGGUGCUCCUACAUAGCAGAAUCGGAUUCUGCUGUAAAAGAAAAAGCUAUCCAGAUUGGUUUUGUUUUAGGGGGAUUCCUAUCAGAUGCAGGCUGGUAUAGUGAUGCUGAGAAGGUAUUUCUUUCCUGCCUUCAGCUGUGCACCCUUCAUGAUGAAAUACUUCAUUGGUUUCGUGCAGUAGAAUGCUGUGUAAGGUUGCUGCAUGUUCGAAAUGGUAACUGUAAAUAUCACUUGGGAGAAGAAACGUUCAAACUAGCUCAGUCUUACAUGGACAAACUUGCAAAACAUGGUCAGCAAGCAAACAAAGCAGCACUCUAUGGGGAGCUGUGUGCACUGCUUUUUGCCAAGAGCCACUAUGAUGAGGCUUAUAAAUGGUGUAUAGAAGCUAUGAAGGAGAUCACAGUUGGCCUGCCUGUAAAAGUAGUGGUGGAUGUUUUGCGACAAGCUUCAAAGGCUUGUGUUGUAAAACGUGAAUUUAAGAAGGCUGAACAGCUGAUAAAACAUGCAGUAUACCUUGCUCGGGAGCAUUUUGGAGCCAAGCACCCCAAAUAUUCUGAUACGCUACUAGACUAUGGAUUUUACUUGCUCAAUGUAGAUAAUAUAUGCCAGUCUGUUGCGAUCUAUCAGACAGCUCUUGAUAUUCGGCAGUCAGUAUUUGGAGGUAAAAACAUACAUGUAGCUACAGCUCAUGAAGACUUGGCUUACUCUUCUUAUGUUCACCAGUACAGCUCUGGAAAAUUUGACAAUGCACUAUUCCAUGCUGAACGUGCUAUUGGCAUUAUAACUCACAUUCUCCCAGAAGACCAUCUUCUCUUGGCAUCUUCAAAGAGAGUUAAAGCACUUAUCCUGGAAGAGAUUGCAAUAGACUGUCAUAACAAGGAAACUGAGCAGAGGUUACUUCAAGAAGCUCAUGACUUACAUCUGUCCUCGCUUCAGUUAGCUAAAAAAGCUUUUGGGGAGUUUAAUGUACAGACAGCAAAACACUAUGGCAACCUUGGAAGACUGUAUCAGUCCAUGAGAAAGUUUAAGGAAGCAGAGGAAAUGCACAUCAAGGCAAUUCAGAUUAAGGAGCAGCUUCUGGGUCAAGAAGAUUAUGAAGUUGCCCUGUCAGUAGGACAUCUAGCUUCUCUCUAUAACUAUGAUAUGAAUCAAUACGAACAUGCUGAAAAGCUUUAUUUGAGAUCCAUAGCAAUUGGAAAGAAGCUUUUUGGUGAAGGAUACAGUGGACUUGAAUACGAUUACAGAGGUCUCAUUAAACUGUACAAUUCCAUUGGCAAUUACGAGAAAGUUUUUGAGUACCACAAUAUUUUGGCCAAUUGGAACCGGUUGCGAGAUCGGCAGUUCUCUGUUACAGAUGCUCUGGAGGACGUAAGCACCAGCCCUCAAUCCACUGAAGAAGUGGUCCAGUCUUUUCUGAUGUCUCAGAACAUUGAUGGACAGAGUAGCUAAGAACUUGGUCAAUUAACCAGUUAAGGUUUUUUCCCCAGAUUACAGGGGAAAAGUCAUACUGUGAAAUCUAAACCAUGUAGUUCUCUGGGGGCUGGAAUUUGCAUUGAAACACUGGUCCAGUCUACUGAAGAGUGCCCAUACGGAUGAAUGUGUGUUAAAUUCCUAUCAGCAUGUGUAUGGCAUGUUUAGUUCGGCUCACAUUUUUAACUGGGUAUUCCAGAAAACCCCUACUUUCUCUCUUCUUUCGAAAGAACCUACUUUACAGAAAGUCUGCAAGAGAACAUUAAAUAAAACUGUUUGAGUUCAAAAGAGUUGCAUUCUUGUUAUGAAUGGAAGGUUUCAUCAAGAGCUUUCUUCUGAUAUACAGAAAGAAUAAAUGCUAUGCUAUAAGAAAUUAUACAAGAGAGGUCUUUCUACUGUAUGCAUUGUAGCAAAGUUAAUCACAAACAUUAAGAAAAGGGAGAAUGCCUUGGCUGCCACCUUAUGAAGAGAAGUGGCAAAGAACCACUUGGGAGAGAGCAAUGUACUCUUUGUGAACCACGAUAAGUUGAUGAGCAAAUAACCACCGUAUGUUUUUAAUAUCCUGAACUGGACCAGUGUUCAUCUGUAAGCGAUAGAAGAUCCAGUAGACCAGCAAUCUUAGUUUUCUUUGGUACCAACCAAGAGUGCUAACUUUCAUAACAGGACCAGGAAAAUCAAAAGUGGACCAGCCUGCUAGAAACAGUUUUUGGACCAGUGGCUUUAAUUUAAUAUUUCUGCCCCUGCAUUCACUUUUACAGUAGAAUUAUUUCAUUUAGAUGUAUGAUCAUUGCAAAAUUAUAUUCAUGUAAUAGAUACAAAACUAGGAAGUGAACGUUCUUUAGCAGUUGCGAUGGCAUGUCUUUACUUAGUAAGCGUAUACAGAUAUUAAUGUCAAUGCCACACACAAAAACUAGAAAUGCUUAACUAUUUGCUGCAGCCAUUUUUUAUUUUUAUUUUUGAAUGGGCUUACUCUAAUAAUUGAGGCAGUAACUUGUUUAUACCAGUUAAUAGUUUUGUAUUACAAUCCAGUUCAAUUUUAUGUUUCUGGAGAACACAGCUUAUUGUACAGUUUGCAGGGGUCAGUGGAAAAUGCCAAAAAGCACAACAGGUCUUUUUUGUGAUGCUUCAUUUCUACAUUAAAUGAUAGUACAACCAGAAACUGAUUCCUUUACGUUAAUUUAAAAAGCAGAAGUCAGCUGUAAAGAUCUUUUAAUAAUGCCUAUCUCACUAGCCUGUCUUAAUUUUUCUUCUGUUGGGGCAGGGGGGCUGCUUUGCUGUUUUUUUUUUUUUUUUUUUUUAAAAAAAAAAAGUUGUUUUUUUUUUUUUUAAUUGUUGAGGUAAUACUCAUUUGAAAGUCUGUGUAACAUAGCAAACUAGAAACAACUCACUGCUGUUACCUCAGUUCUUAUUAUAGUGGCACAAACAGUGCUCCUAUAGUUAGGAUUCUGUCAGUUUGGGUUCCCUUCCCCCCCUAUUUUCAGGGGUUUGUAACUUGGCCAUGAAAGUUCAGUCCAAGCUGAGGCUCUGCAAGCAAGGUUCCUACAGGACUUGGACUGGAUGUUUUGUUUGGGGGUUGUUUUUUAAUUUGUUUAUAAAGCUUGGGACAGGGAAAGCUGCUUGAUGGUCUUCAAAAAAGAGUGCAGAGAAGAAACAAAUGUCAGACACUACUUGGAGCUUAACAGCUCUUUUAAGAACUGAAAUUGUACAGGCCAAUAGUUCAUAUACUGGUGCCUUCGAGUAUAAUUCUGGGGGAAAGGCUGAAUAACACCAACUUGAAAAUGCAGUUCUAUAAUUAGUACAGCUUUAAUGAUUGUACACUUGGAGUACUUUUACUGACGUAACAAGUGGUAUUUGCAUU